AUGGCAGAUAAAAAGCCCAAGGAAGAAGUCAAGACUGAGAACAAUGAUCAUAUUAAUUUGAAGGUGGUGGGGCAGGAUGGUUCUGUGGUGCAGUUUAAGAUUAAGAGGCCUCUUAGUAAACUAAUGAAAGCCUAUUGUGAACGACAGGGCUUGUCAAUGAGGCAGAUCAGAUUCCAAUUUGACAGGCAGUCAAUCAAUGAAAUAGACACAACUGCACAGCUGGAGAUGGAAGAUGAAGAUACAAUCGUAUUCCAGUAGCAGACAGGAGGUGUCUACUAAAAAGGGAACCUGCUACUUUACUCCAGAAUUCUGUUCUUCCAGACCAAGAAGACAUUCUCAAUUAGAAAACUGCAAUUUGGUUCCACCACACUCUGACUACUACAGUAAUAGUUUCUCUAUUCUUUCAUUUCCCCUUCCUCAUUCCUUUAUUGUACAUAAAGUAACUGGUGUAUGUAUACAAGCAUAUUGCACUUUUUUUUAAACUAAAUGGCCAAUGGUAUGUUAUGAUCAACAUAAAAUGGAGAUGGGA